CACUCAAGCCUGUGGCAAGGGGGCGGGUUCGAGAGGCGGGCCGAAGCCGAGGGCGGCGCGGGAGGCCCUGGAGCCAGAGUUCUCUCUGGGGACCGGAAGCCUGGAUCCGAGCUACUGGAGGGAGCGGGGGCUGAGACUCUAACCAGGCUCAGACCCCAAAUGGCGCAGUGGGAGAUGCUGCAGAAUCUUGACAGCCCAUUUCAGGAUCAGCUGCACCAGCUCUAUUCAAAUAGCCUCCUGCCGGUGGACAUUCGACAGUACUUGUCCGUCUGGAUUGAAGAUCAGAACUGGCAGGAAGCUGCACUGGGCAAUGAUGAGGCCAAGGCUAAUAUGCUCUUCUUCCACUUCUUGGACCAACUGAACUAUGAGUGUAGCCGCUGCAGCCAGGACCCUGAGUGUUUGUUGCUACAGCACAACUUGCGAAAAUUCUAUCGGGACAUUCAGGCCUUUCCCCAGGGUGCUACCCAAUUGGCUGAGAUGAUCUUUAAUCUCCUUCUGGAAGAAAAAAGAAUUCUGACCCAGGCUCAGAGGGCUCAGUCGGAGCAAGGAGAACCAGCCCUUGCAGCACCUGAGGAGAGCCAGCAGCAUGAGAUUAAAUCCCGGAUCCUGGAAUUAAAGGCUAUGAUGGAGAAGCUGGUGAAAUCCAUCAGCCAACUGAAAGACCAGCAGGAUGUCUUCUGCUUCCGAUAUAAGAUCCAGACCUCAGCGAGAACACCCUCUUUGGACCCCCAUCAGACCAGACAGCAGGACAUCCUGCAGGAAACGCUCAAUGAACUGGACAGAAGGAGAAAGGAGGUGCUAGAUGCCUCCAAAGCACUGCUAGGCCGAUUAACUACCCUAAUUGAGCUACUGCUGCCCAAGUUGGAGGAGUGGAAAAUUCAGCAGCAGAAAGCCUGCAUUGGAGGCCCCCCGGUUGGAGAGUUGGAGCAGUUGGAGAAGUGGUUCACAGCUGGAGCAAAGCUGUUGUUUCAUCUACGGCAGCUGCUGAAGGAGCUAAAGGGAUUGAGUCACAUGGUCACCUAUCAGGGGGACCCUCUGAUCGAAGGGGUGGAUCUGCGGAAGGCCCAGGUCACAGAGCUGCUACAUCGCCUGCUCCACAGAGCCUUUGUAGUAGAAACCCAGCCCUGCAUGCCCCAAACUCCCCAUCGACCCCUCAUCCUCAAGACUGGGAGCAAGUUCACCGUCCGAACAAGGCUGCUGGUGAGACUCCAGGAAGGCAAUGAGUCACUGACUGCAGAAGUCUCCAUUGACAGAAAUCCUCCUGAAUCACACGGCUUCCGGAAGUUCAACAUUCUGACCUCAAACAAGAAAACUUUGACUCCUGAGAAAGGGCAGAGUCAGGGCUUAAUUUGGGACUUUGGCUACCUGACACUGGUGGAGCAGCGUUCAGGUAGUUCAGGAAAGGGCAGCAAUAAGGGGCUGCUAGCCGUGACAGAGGAACUGCACAUUAUCAGCUUCACAGUCAGAUACACCUACCAGGGUCUGAAGCAGGAAUUGAAAACAGACACCCUUCCUGUGGUGAUUAUUUCUAACAUGAACCAACUCUCAAUUGCCUGGGCCUCGGUUCUCUGGUUCAAUCUGCUCAGCUCAGACCCCCAGAAUCAGCAGUUCUUCUCCAGCCCCGCCAAGGCCCCCUGGGACUUGCUGGGCCCUGCUCUCAGUUGGCAGUUCUCCUCCUACGUUGGCCGAGGCCUCGACUCAGACCAGCUUGGCAUGCUGCGGGACAAGCUGUUUGGGCAGAACUCCAAGACUGAGGGUGCCUUGUUGUCCUGGGUUCAUUUCAUUAAGCGAGAGAGCCCCCCUGGCAAGCUACCAUUCUGGAUAUGGCUCGACAAAAUUCUGGAACUGGUACAUGACCACCUGAAGGAUCUCUGGAACGAUGGACACAUCAUGGGCUUUGUAAGCCGGAGCCAGGAGCGCCGGCUGCUGAAGAAGACCAUCUCCGGCACCUUUCUGUUGCGCUUCAGUGAAACAUUGGAAGGGGGCAUUACCUGCUCCUGGGUGGAACACCAAGAUGAUGAUAAGGUGCUCAUCUACUCUGUGCAGCCCUUCACCAAGGAGGUUCUGCAGUCACUCCCGCUGACCAAAAUCAUCAGCCAGUACCAGCUGCUCACUGAGGAGAACAUACCUGAGAACCCACUGUGCUUCCUCUACCCACGAAUCCCCCGGGAUGAGGCUUUCGGGUGCUACUCCCAGGAGAAAGUUAAUCUCCAGGAAAGGAAGAAGUACCUGAAACGUAAGCUCAUUGUUGUCUCUAACAGACAGGUGGAUGAGCUGCAACAACUGCCGGAGCUUAAGCUGGAGCCAGAACUGGAGUCAUUCGAGCUGGAUCUGGGGCUGGCACCAGGGCCAGAGCCAGGGCCGGGCCUGGACUUAGAGCCACUGCUGGAGGCAGGGCUGGAUCUGGGGCCAGCACUGGAGUCCACUCUGGAGCCCACUCUGGAGCCCGUGCUGGUGUCCACCCUGGAGCCCGUGCUGGAGUCCACCCUGGAGCCCGUGCUGGAGUCCACUCUGGAGCCUGUGCUGGAGUCCACUCUGGAGCCCACGCUGGAGUCCACUUUGGAGCCCGUGCUGGAGCCCACACUAGGCGAGGUGUCACAGAGAGUCCCAGAGCCAAACCUGGGACCAGGACUGAAGCUGGAGCCUAUUCCAGAGCCUAUUUCACAGCCACUGCCAGAGCCGGAUUUGCCCCAUGAUCUGAGACACUUGAACACUGAGGACAUGGAAAUCUUCAGAAACAGCAUGAAGAUUGAAGAAAUCAUGCCAAAUGGUGACCCACUGUUGGCUGGCCAGAACACCAUGGAUGAAGCUUGCAUCCUCCCUCGCAGCCAUUUCUACACAGAUGGGCCCUUGAUUCCUGCUGACUACUAGAAACUACACUUUCUCUGUUCUUUCCAUAUAUUUUGCCCUUCCUACCUCUCACAUCAUGAUGUUGCUCUCCAAGGAUGGGAAAUCAGGCAUGUGCUCCUUCUAAACUGGGUUAACCGUGGGAUUUGGAGUGAGAGGUAGAAGCAUAAUAUGGGUAAGGAACAGGCACCAAUGAAUCAGAACAGAUGUUACCCAUAGCUCCAGCUAGGAGCCUGGAGGCUGCCUGCUGUGCUGGGAGGUAUAGGAAUUUGAGGGCAGGCCAGAACAGUUAGGAGGUACUUGGAGGACUCAGGGCAGUGGCUUCUUUCCAGUAUGGAAGGCUUUCAACAUUUUAGUAGCUGAUAAGACUAACCUGGUGCCUACUUCAUCUUCCUGGAGUGCCCUUUCUGCUCAAAACAGCUCUGACUUCUGAUCCUGCAGUGAUUCAGAACUCCUGUCUUUGGCCAAAUACACUCUUGGCCAGGAAAGCAGGAAAGGAAGCCCUGGGUCAGGGAGCAAGAGAGGGCCACACUUAGGACCCUCACUUCCUAAUCACAGUCCCUUGUAAUCUCAUUCAGCUUGCUUAGCCAUGUAGGGAUUAAGGCCAAAAAGAUCACGGUUAAUCUAUAUACCAAGGGGUCAUGAGGAAAG